CAUGUAUUUGCUUUUGUAUGCUGUACAGGGCAUUCAGAGUACUAAAUUUGGAGAGCAUAUUUUGGUAUUUUGUUGAUAUAUAGUUUGUUUGGGGCAGGCAUGUGCCUGGAAACUGUUCCAGCAGAGAUGAGUGCAAGUGUUUCUGGAGCUCUGGAGUAGAAGAAGAGGUAGCUGAGAAACAUGAAGCUGUUACUGAAGGAAUAAAACAAGUACAUUUGUAUUUCUGUGAAACAGACUGCUGGAGACAAUUUAAGAUGGUACAUAGUCCAUUUUUUUCCAAACUGUACUGUGCUCGUUACUCAUUUUAGUUUUGAAAUGGUUUUCUUUUUCCUUCAGUUCUAUAGGUGCUGGUGCAAAAACAGUGUAGCCAUGGAUCAAAGAAAAAAUGAUAGUUUUGUCCCAAGUAUCACACAGCUGGAAGACUUCCUGACAGAACAUGACUCCAAUGUGGUUUGGCUGUUAGUAGCAACAAUAUUGUCCUGUGGAUGGAUUAUCUACCUAACUUACUAUAAUUCCCGGAACAUUGGACUCAUUUUAACGUUGGUUCUUAACAGAUUAUAUAAACAUGGCUACAUCCAUAUUGGUUCCUUUUCAUUCUCUGUGCUGUCUGGAAAAGUCAUGGUGCGUGAAAUCUAUUUCAUCACAGAGGACAUGUCCAUCAGAAUUCAAGAUGGAUUUAUCAUUUUUCGCUGGUGGAAGAUGUACAACCCUAAGCAGAAGCAGCACGAUCCAAAGGCAGAAACUCGACUGUAUAUUAUGGUGAAUGACUUUGAAUUUCACGUGUACAACCGCUCUGAGCUUUAUGGACAACUUCAAGAACUGUUUGGCUUGGAUCCCACAAUAAUUCCAGCAAAGAAAGAUGAUGAGAGAGCACAAGUGAAUGGGAGGCAGAGAACACACGCUAAUCUUGAAAGUGUUAAAGUAAAAACAGAAUCUCAAGACCCCUCUUCCUCAUGGAGAUCACUUAUUCCAGUCAUUAAAGUCAAUGUGAGCACGGGUCGCUUGGCAUUUGGGAAUCAUUAUCAGCCACAAACACUUUGCAUUAACUUUGAUGAUGCCUUUUUGACAUACACCACUAAACCUCCUUCAAGCCACCUCGAUCAGUUCAUGCACAUUGUGAAGGGAAAAUUGGAAAAUGUUCGAGUCAUGCUGGUCCCAAGCCCCAGAUAUGUUGGUCUUCAAAAUGAUGAACCACCGAGGCUGAUGGGUGAAGGUUUUGUUGUAAUGCAGUCCAAUGAUGUUGAUAUCUAUUACUACAUGGAUGAACCAGGUCUUGUACCAGAGGAGACAGAGGAAAGCAAUGAUGGAGAAGCCAGCAAUGAAGACAGCAAAUUACAGGACCUGCCACCAUGCUGGGGCUUGGACAUUGUGUGUGGAAAAGGGACAGACUUCAACUAUGGGCCUUGGGCUGAUAGGCAGAGGGAUUGCUUGUGGAAGUUUUUCUUCCCACCAGACUACCAAGUUAUGAAAGUUUCAGAAAUCGCUCAGCCAGGGAAACCAAGACAGAUCCUUGCAUUUGAACUGCGGAUGAAUAUCAUUGCAGAUGCCACCAUUGAUUUGCUUUUUACCAAGAACAGGGAAACGAAUGCUGUACAUGUCAAUGUUGGUGCAGGAUCCUAUUUGGAAAUAAACAUUCCCAUGACAGUGGGUGAAAAUGGCUACUCACCUACAAUUAAAGGGCAGCUCCUCCAUGUGGAUGCCACCAGCAGCAUGCAGUACAGGACUCUCUUGGAAGCAGAAAUGCUGGCUUUCCAUAUUAAUGCCAGCUAUCCCCGGAUAUGGAACAUGCCACAGACAUGGCAGUGUGAGCUGGAGGUUUAUAAAGCCACCUAUCAUUUCAUCUUUGCUCAGAAGAGUUUCUUUACAGAUUUGAUCCAAGACUGGUCCAGUGACAGCGCACCUGAUAUUUUUUCAUUUGUUCCAUAUAUGUGGAACUUCAAAAUCAUGUUCCAUCAGUUUGAAAUGAUCUGGGCAGCAAAUCAACACAACUGGAUUGACUGUUCCACCAAACAACAGGAGAAUGUUUAUCUAGCAGCUUGUGGAGAAACCCUGAACAUUGUUUUUUCUCUGCCUUUCACUGACUUUGUUCCAACCAUAUGCAAUACUAGAUUCUCCUUAAGGGGAGAAGAUGUUGAUCUUCAUUUGUAUCUGCCUGACUGCCAUCCUAGUAAAUAUUCCCUUUUUAUGCUGGUAAAAGAUUGUCAGCCCAGUAAAAUAAGUCCUGAGUCUUGUAUUUCUGCAGAAUGUCAAAGUGGGCAGAAAACGGGCAAGCCCAAAUGGAGGAACAUUACUCAAGAAGAGGCUGGAUGGGUUGAAUGCUGGACAGUCCCAAGUGUUGUGUUCACAAUUGACUACUCCUGGCACCCCAUCUAUCCUCAGAAGGCAGAUGAGCAGUUAAAGCAAUCCUUGUCAGAAAUGGAAGAAACCAUGUUAUCUGUGCUGAGGCCAUCCCAGAAAACCACGGACAGUGUGAUUUCAUCUCCCACAACUUCCACCCGCCUUCCCCUCGACCCCUCGGAGCUGCCCCCGGAUAAGCUCCACGUGGAGCUGGAACUCUCCCCAGAUUCCCAGAUAACCCUGUAUGGACCCUUGCUCAAAGCCUUUCUCUCCAUAAAGGAAAAUUAUUUUGGAGAAGAUGACAUGUACACUGAUUUUGAAGAGGUUAUUUCAAGCCCUGUUUUGUCCCUGUCAACCUCCUCAAGCUCAGGCUGGACAGCUGUAGGAGUGGAAAAUGACAAAAAAGAAAAUGAUAUUUCAGUCAAGCCCGUUCACCCUCUUACUUUACGCCCCUGGGAUAUCACUGUGCUUGUUAAUUUGUACAAAGUGCAUGGGAGAUUGCCAGUGCAUUGCAGUCCAGAUGGUCCAGAGUGCCCUACAGCUUUCUUGGAGAGGCUGUGUUUUGAGAUGAAGAAAGGAUUUAGAGAAACAAUGCUUCAGCUUGUACUGUCUCCAGUGAAUCUGUUUCUUAAUGACAAUUAUCAGCGCCCUGCAGUGGACGAGGUGCUCCGGGAGGGUCACAUCAGCCUGUCGGGCCUGCAGCUCCGUGCCCACGCCAUGUUCUCUGCAGAAGGGCUGCCCCUGGGAAGUGACACUUUGGAAUAUGCCUGGCUGAUAGAUGUGCAGGCUGGAAGCCUCACAGCCAAAGUGACAGCACCACAGCUUGCCUGUCUUCUGGAGUGGGGGCAGACCUUUGUGUUCCACGUGGUGUGCCGGGAGUUUGAGCUGGAGAGGCCCAAAUCCGUCGUCCUGUGCCAGCACGGCAUCGAUCGCCGCUUUUGUGACCCAAAGACCAACUCUGUGCCUGGGCCAUGCCCAACAUCAGAUGACUUAAAGUACACGAUGACACGCUUAGCCAUGGAUGGAGCAGAUCUGUAUGUGGUAGAACAUGGCUGUGCAACCAAUAUCAAGAUGGGUGCCAUACGCAUUGCAAACUGCAACCUCCACAACCAGUCUGUCGGGGAGGGCAUCAGCGCCGCCAUCCAGGACCUGCAGCUCAGGCAGUACGUCGAGCAGGUGAACAACUGCAGAACUGGCCUGCAGCCAAUACUCAGGAGGGCAUACUGGCUGGAAGCUGGCUCUGUCAACCUGGGCCUCAUCACUGCUGACAUUGCUUUGGCUGCAGAUCAUCCUGCCAAACACGAGGUGCAGAGGCAUUUCUUGGAAACGCAUGAUAACCGAACCAAGAGGUUGUGGUUUUUGUGGCCUGAUGAUAAUUUGAGAAAUAAGAGAAGCAAGAACAAGUGUGGCUGUCUCGGUGGUUGUCGAUUCUUCGGUGGCACCUUAACGGGACUGGAUUUUUUCAAACUUGAGGAACUGACACCUUCAAGCAGCUCUGCUUUCUCAAGCACGAGUGCAGAAUCUGAUAUGUUUUAUGGGCAGUCUUUACUGCAGCCAGGAGAAUGGAUAAUCACUAAGGAGAUUCCUAAAAUUUUAGAUGGUAAAGCAAAUGGUGUCAAAAGAAAAGAUUGGGACUGCAGAUCUGUGGGGAUAGAAAUGGAAAGGAAAGCACAGCACCUGAGCCUCCAAGUGCCGCUGCGCUCCCACAGCUCCUCCUCCUCUUCAGAGGAAACGAGCAGCUCCAGUGCUGCCCUGCCCUUGCUUGCAGGGGAGAAGGACAGCCCCUCAUCCACUGCUGAGGAUCACCUGGGACAGAAGGAGUUCCUGCCCAGUGCAAAAAGGGAAGAUGCUCAUGGAAGUGUCACGGUGGAGGGUGCAGAGGGCCGGCCUGCAUCCCCUGGCCCCCAGGAGAGGCCCGUGGGCCAGUCCCCCAUGAGGUCCCCCCUGAAGAGACAAGCGUCCGUGUGCUCCACGCGGCUGGGCAGCACCAAGAGCCUGACAGCAGCGUUCUAUGGGGACAAGCAGCCCGUCCCCGUGGGAGUGCAGUUCAGCAGCGACGUGUCCCGCAGCGAUGAGAACGUCCUGGACUCCCCAAAACAGAGGAGGAGCUUUGGUUCUUUCCCUUACACACCCUCAGCAGAUUCCAACUCCUUCCACCAGUACCGCUCCAUGGAUUCCAGCAUGUCCAUGGCGGAUAGCGAGGCUUAUUUUUCAGCUGCUGAAGAGUUUGAGCCCAUAAGCAGUGAUGAAGGUCCAGGAACCUAUCCAGGAAGGAAGAGGAGAAAAAAGCAAGCUCAGAAAACUGAGUACAGUAGGGGGUCUAUUUAUCACAGCGUGGAAGGACCCUUAACAAGCACAAUCCAUAGAGAAAUCAGUCAAGAUAUGAAAACGUUGCCAAUUAAGACUCAUCCUUCCCAGGCUUCAUUUGUUUCAGCUCUGGGAGGAGAUGAUGAGCAAGUUGACAACAUGUAUGUCCUGGACUCUGAGAAGCCUGUGGAACGUGAGCAAAUCACUUCCCAGCAGCCUGUGAUGGCAUGUUACCAAAAUUACCUGACACAGUUCCAGGUGAUCAACUGGUCAGUAAAGCAUCCAACUAACAAAAGGACUUCCAAAUCCUCAUUGCAUCGCCCUUUAGACCUUGACACACCAACGAGUGAAGAAAGUUCCUCAUCCUUUGAGCAGCUCUCUGUCCCAACUUUUAAGAUUGUUAAACAGGGUCUCACAGCUAACUCAUUACUGGACAGAGGCAUGCAGCUUACAGGAUCAACAUCUAACACACCUUACACUCCCUUGGAUAAGAAGUCUGCAGAGAAUACAGAUGAUGAAACAAUAACAGAAGAAUGGACGUUGGAUCACCCCGUCUUCCAGACACGGACAACGGCAAUCGUGGAAGUAAAAGGAACUGUAGAUGUAGUUCUGACUCCUCUUGUAGCAGAGGCACUGGAUAGGUACAUCGAGGCCAUGGUGCACUGUGCCAGCUCCCGGCACCCGGCAGCCAUCGUGGAUGACCUGCACUGCAAAGUCCUGAGGGAUGCUGUGCAGAACAGCAAGACCAGCUUCUCAGAAAAUUUGUCUUCAAAGCAAGACAUCAGAGGAACAAAAAUAGACACCACCACAACAGGAACAACGAACCAGGGACCAGCACAGACCAAUCUCUCACUUAAGCAAGAUAAUGUGACAAUUAAAGGUCUUCAGGCCAACGUUACAGUUCCAAAGGUGAACCUGUGUUUGCUACAAGCAUCUGUGGAUGAAUCCCCAGGAGUUUCUUCCAGCAAAACCGUGACUCACGUUUCCUUAGUAGCUUUGUGUUUUGAUAGAAUUGCUACUCAAGUUCGUAUGAACAGGGGUAUAGUUGAGGAGACUUCGAACAAUGCAGAAACUGGAAGGAAUUCUGUCACAUUUGAUCGUUACAUCCAAACCAGCAAAAUGCAGCCCCAGUCUUCUGGCUCACUGAGAUCCAAUUCUGGAGCAGAAAAAGGAAAAGAAAUUGCUGCUAAACUGAACAUUCAUCGUGUUCAUGGACAGCUUAGAGGUCUUGAUACAACAGAUAUUGGAACUUGUGCAAUAACAGCCAUUCCUUUUGGGAAAUCAAAAGUUCUUUUUACUUUGGAAGAAUUGGAUGAGUUCACUUUUGUGGAUGAAACAGAUCAACAAGCUGUUCCAGAUGUAGCUCGAAUUGGUCCUAGUCAAGAGAAGUGGGGUUGGAUAAUGUUUGAGUGUGGAAUUGAAAAUCUAACUAUAAAAGGGGGAAGACAGUCUGGGGCAGUGCUGUAUAACACAUUUGGAGUCAUGGGUAAAUCAAGGGACACAGAGAGAGGUGGAUUGCUUGCAUCAAACAACUCUUCAGAUUCCCCCACUGGUAGUGGCUACAACACUGAUGUGUCUGAAGAUAACCUCCCUUGUGACAGAAUAAGUCCCUCUUCAGAUAUUAAUGGAAAUUCAGUUUCAGAUGAGCAGGAUGAAGGUGUUGAAUCAGAUGAUCUGAAAAAAGAUAUCCCCUUGAUGCCUCCUCCCCCUGACUCCUGCAGCAUGAAGUUGACAAUCAAAGAAAUUUGGUUUAGUUUUGCAGCUCCCACCAAUGUGCGCUCCCCAGCCCACGUAUAUUCAAGGCAGCUGAACCUCCUGAGCACUGCAACACCUGCAGUUGGUGCUUGGCUUGUUCCCAUUGACCAAGUGAAGUCUUCAUUAAAUAAACUGGAAACUGAAGGAACCCUGCGAAUCUGUGCUGUUAUGGGGUGCAUUAUGACAGAAGCUCUAGAGAACAAAAGUGUGCACUUCCCUCUGAGAAGCAAGUACAACAGGCUUACCAAAGUGGCUCGUUUCUUGCAAGAAAAUCCUUCUUGUUUACUCUGUAAUAUACUGCACCAUUACCUUCAUCAAGCAAAUUACUCCAUUAUUGAGGAUGCCACUAUGAGUGAUGGCCUUCCUGCCUUAGUGACCUUAAAGAAAGGUCUGGUUGCUUUAGCAAGGCAGUGGAUGAAGUUCAUUGUGGUCACCCCAGCCUUUAAAGGAGUCAGCUUGCACAGACCAACCCAGCCAAUGAAACUGCAGCCAAAUGCCUGCCACGAGCAUGAGGAUGGCCUUGGAUUGGACAAUGGAGGGGGCCUGCAGAGUGACACGAGUGCUGAUGGAGCAGAGUUUGAAUUUGAUGCAGCUACUGUGAGCGAGCACACGAUGCUCCUGGAAGGAACAGCCAACCGCCCUCCCCCUGCCAGCGCCUCCGGGCCUGUCACUGGGGCUGAGAUCAUGAGGAAGUUGUCCAAGACUCACACUCACAGUGAUUCUGUGCUGAAGAUCAAGGGCAUCCAUCCAUAUCAUUCCUUGAGCUACACCAGUGGAGAUACAGCUACAGAUUCCCCAGUGCACGUUGGCCGCUCUGGAAUGGGAGUCAGGGAAAGUCCAAGGAAAGAAAGUCUGCUCAGCUAUCUCACUGGGAGCUUUCCUAGCCUGCACAAUCUUUUGGAAGGGACUCCUCAAAGAAGUUCAACUGCAGUUAAAAGUAGUUCUUUAACAAGAACAGGAAAUACCGUGGCCACAGACAUGCUGUCUGAGCACCCUUUGCUGUCUGAGCCCUCCUCUGUGAGUUUCUAUAACUGGAUGUCCAAUGCUGUGGGCAACAGGGGAAGUGUUGUACAGGAAAGUCCAGCCACCAAGUCUGGGCACAACAGCCUUCCAACAGGUGUGGCACCCAAUCUUCCUACUAUCCCCUCUGCUUCAGACUUCAACACAGUUCUGUCCAGUGACCAGAACACCCUGGAUGGCACCCACUCACAGCACAGCACCAGCCAGGACGACAUUGCAGGAGUAGAAGAGGGCAACCAGGGCUUUCCUGCUGUCCAGCUGGCAGAUGCACAGGUUGUUUUCAAACCUCUGCUGAGUUACACAGGAAUUCAGUCUCAGGAUGCCAUGCCCCUGUGCUACAGGAUGUACUUUGGGGAGUACCUCUCUUUCUCAGGAACUCUGGACUGCCUCAGAGCAGAUAUUGUUGAUUCAGACACAGCAAAAGAAAGGAAAAGCAAGCGAGCCCGAAGGCAAGGAGCUGUUAAUCUUCCUCCUCUGGAAUUCAAGCCAGCUUUGAUGUUGGAGACUUUCAGCAUCAGCGCUGUGGUGAUGGAGAAAUCCAUGUGCACCCCUCAGAAUUCCACCAACGCCCUUUCCUUCCACGACUUGAACAAGCGCUACUACAACACCUUCCACUGCAACUUCACCAUUUCCUGCCAGUCCAUCAGCCAGCACGUGGACAUGGCCCUGGUGAGGCUCAUCCACCAGUUCAGCACCAUGAUUGAUGACAUCAAGGCCACGCAGACAGACAUCAAGCUGAGCAGGUACACGGCCGGCUCGGCCUCCCCCACGCCCACCUUCAAAACGCGCAAGCACAGGGAUUUCCGCUCCUCGGAUUUCAGCCGCAGCUCCCGGGGCAGCCUCAACGGGGGCACCAGGGUCAACAACACCAAGAACAAGAGAACAAACAAUGACAACAAUAAGAAAGAGUCCAGGAACAAGAAUUCUCUGGGGAGGUCGGAGAGAAGGACUUCCAAAGUGUCCAGGAAAGGCUCCAAAGAUGUGGUUGACCAUGUGACAAUCCAUAUGGAUGACUCUGACUCCAUUACCGUGUCGGAACAGAGCGAGCCCUCUGCAGAGUGCUGGCAAAAUAUGUACAAGCUACUCAACUUCUAUUCACUCAUUUCUGAUCCAACUGGCAUCUUAGAGAAGUCUUCUGAAACUUUUGGGCCAACAGGCGUUCGCAGCCCCACGGAGCCUGCCUGCAGGGUGGUGUUUGAGAACGAGCAGGAGAACGGGCGCAAGCGCAGCCUGGUGACCUCGGAGCCGCAGCACGUGACCCUCAUCGUCUUUGGGAUAGGGAUGGUGAACAGAACCCACCUGGAGGCUGACAUUGGUGGCCUCACCAUGGAAUCUGAGCUGAAGAGAAUCCAUGGCAGCUUCACCCUCAAAGAGAAGAUGAAAGAUGUGCUACACCAAAAGAUGACUGAGACAUGUGCCACUGCUCACAUAGGAGGUGUCAAUAUUGUCCUGCUGGAGGGAAUUACCCCAAAUAUCCAAACCGUGGUGAAGUGCAGCAUUGCCAAAUCGCAGGCUCUGUACAGCGCCCAGAGGGGGCUGAAAACCAACAACGCGGCCGUGGUGAAGGUGGGCGCCAUCAGCAUCAACAUCCCGCAGCACCCGGCCACGCUGCACAGCAUGAUGGUGCGCAGCUCCCACCAGCUCUCCAAGCAGAUCUCCGACCUCAUCCGCCAGCCCUCCACCGCGCCCCAGCCGGCCAAAGAAGAUGUGGCCACUCCUCUGCCCUCUGAGAAGACUCCAACCAGCAUCAAUCAAACGCCAGUAGAAACAAAUGAAUUCCCACAGCUGCCGGAAGGCUUGGAAAAGAAACCCAUAGUGCUCAAGUUCAGUGCCAUGAUCGAUGGCAUUGCCAUUGGAGCAGCGCUCCUGCCCUCCCUGAAGGCGGAAUACAAGAUGGGAAGAAUGAGGAGUCAUGGAAUGACAGGUGCCCAAACCAGAUUUAAUUUUGAACUUCCAAACCACAGACUGCGCUUCACUUCAAAAGUUUCUGCCACUGACAUGUCAACCAUUCCUCCCUCGGCCAGCCUCAACCUGCCUCCUGUCACUAUGUCAGGGAAAUAUGUCAUGGAAGAACAUGACACUUACUCUGACCAGAUCUGGAGUAUUGAUGAACUCCCUGCCAAACAAGGCUACUACCUGCAGGGGAACUACCUGCGCUGUGUGGCUGAGGUUGGCUCCUUCGAACAUAAUCUCACAACUGAUCUUUUAAACCAUUUAGUAUUUGUGCAAAAAGUGUUCAUGAAGGAAGUAAAUGAGGUCAUACAGAAGGUUUCAGGAGGGGAGCAGCCAAUACCUCUUUGGAAUGAACACGAUGGCACAACAGAUGGAGAUAAACCAAAAAUUCUUCUUUACUCAUUGAGCCUGCAGUUUAAGGGAAUUCAGGUGACAGCUACAACUCCCUCAAUGCGUGCUGUGAGGUUUGAAACGGGGUUGAUAGAACUUGAGCUCUCCAACAGACUGCAAACCAAAGCAAUGCCUGGAAGUAGCAGCUACCUCAAACUGUUUGGAAAAUGCCAGGUGGAUUUGAAUCUGGCACUGGGACAGAUUGUUAAACAUCAGGUUUAUGAAGAAGCUGGCUCAGACUUCCAUCAAGUUGCCUAUUUCAAGACGAGAAUUGGAUUAAGAAAUGCUCUCCGAGAAGAAAUCAGUGGCUCAUCAGACAGGGAAGCUGUGCUCAUUACUCUGAACAGACCCAUUGUUUUUGCCCAGCCCGUGGCCUUUGACAGAGCUGUGCUAUUCUGGCUGAACUACAAGGCCGCCUAUGACAACUGGAAUGAACAGAGAAUGGCUUUACAUAAAGAUAUUCAUAUGGCCACGAAGGAAGUGGUGGAUAUGCUGCCUGGAAUCCAGCAAACCUCUGCACAGGCCUUUGGGACCCUGUUCCUUCAGCUGACUGUCAAUGACUUAGGAAUUUGCCUGCCCAUCACAAACACACCCCAGUCUAACCACUCUGCAGAUCUCGACACUGGCUCUGCUUUAGUCCUGACCAUUGAAAGCACACUCAUCACUGCCUGCUCCUCUGAGUCUUUGGUUAGCAAAGGUCAUUUUAAAAACUUCUGCAUCCGCUUUGCUGAUGGCUUUGAGACAAGUUGGGAUGACUGGAAACCAGAAAUAAGAGGAGAUCUAGUCAUGAAUGCAUGUGUUGUGCCAGAUGGCACCUACGAAGUGUGCUCUAGGACAACAGGACAAGCUGCAGCAGAAAGUAGUAGUGCUGGAACCUGGACACUGAAUGUGUUGUGGAAGAUGUGUGGUAUUGAUGUCCACAUGGACCCAAAUAUUGGGAAAAGACUGAAUGCUUUGGGCAACACCCUCACAACACUGACAGGAGAGGAAGAUAUUGAUGACAUUGCUGACCUCAACUCUGUGAACAUAGCUGACCUUUCAGAUGAGGAUGAAGUUGACACUAUGUCUCCCACUAUACAUGCAAAAUCAGGUGGAGGUUCCUUGGGUGGAGAUGCACGCAAGCUCACAUUUGGGCAGCGGAUUGUAAAUCACCUGCUGGGUUUGAGCCCCCCAACCCACCGCUACUCUGUUCCUGUAGAAUUUCUCUUGGGCUCAGCGAAGCGGGAUUUGCUCCAGCCUAGCAGAGCACAUAUGAAAGCAGGCAGAUCCUGCUCUUGGGGACAUGAGAUCGUUGAUCACCGGCGGCAGGGAGCUUCCAGUAUCCAAACUGGAGAACAGCGAGGAAGGAAAUUUAUGAAGCGUUUAGUUGAUAUUAGAGAGCUCAAUGAGCAAGCCAAAGUCAUUGAUGACUUGAAGAAAUUAGGUGCAAGUGAAGGGACCAUAAACCAAGAAAUUCAGCGCUAUCAGCAGCUGGAGUCGGUGGCUGUGAACGACAUCCGCAGGGAUGUCCGCAAAAAGCUCCGUAGAUCCAGCAUGAGGGCUGCCUCCUUGAAGGACAAGUGGGGUCUGAGCUACAAACCCAGCUACAGCCGAUCUAAGAGCAUUUCAGCAUCAGGGAGGCCACCUCUGAAGAGAAUGGACAGAACAAGUUCUCGACUGGGAGACAGUGAAGACCUCCCAGAUAUCCGUGUGGAUGCUGCAUCCCCUGGGCCAAGAGUAACCUUCAACAUACAAGAUUCUUUGAAUCAAACAGCUUUGGGGAUUACACAACAAUCCAGCAGUCCAGGGGAAGGGUAUUUUCAGUUUCCAGAGGAGACAGAAAUGGACCUUUUGUCCGUAACUAUUGAUGGUCCCUCCCAUUACUCAUCUACUAGUGAAGGCUCAUGCUCGGUAUUUGGUUCACCCAAAACUCCAGUAGUCUUCUCACCCGGCAUUCCCUUCCAGCCUGAAGAGGGACGCCGGGACGACAGCUUAUCCUCCAGCAGCGAGGACUCGGACAAGGACGAUGACCAUGACAGGGAGAGGACCUAUUUUUAUAGGAAACCACCGAGCACCUCUCGCAAGAAAGCCACGGGCUUUGCUGCUGUGCACCAGCUGUUCACCGAGCGCUGGCCAACCACACCCACCAACAGGAGUGUCACUGGCACCACCACCGAGAGAAACAUUGACUUUGAGCUUGAUAUCAGGGUUGAAAUUGAUUGUGGCAAGUGUGUGCUGCAUCCCACGAUGCUCCAGCAAGAGCACGAUGACAUUAGUUUGAGAAGGAGCUAUGAUCGGAGUUCCAGGAGUUUAGAUCAAGAAUCUCCUUCAAAAAAGAAGAAAUUUCAAACUAAUUAUGCAUCUACUACUCACUUGCUUGCUGGCAAGAAAGUGCCAUCAUCUCUACAGACAAAAUCCAGUGAUGUGGAAACAACAGUAUUUUAUAUUCCUGGGGUGGAUGUAAAGUUGCACUACAACUCCAAAACUCUAAAGACUGAAUCACCAAACACUUCUCGAGGAUCCUCUUUGCCACGCACCCUUUCCAAAGAGUCCAAGCUGUAUGCCAAAGGGAAAGGAAGUGGUGGAGUGAAAACUGCUAAACUGUAUGCAUGGGUUGCACUCCAGUCACUGCCAGAGGAGAUGGUGAUCAGCCCCUGCCUCCUGGACUUCCUGGAGAAAGCCCUUGAAACCAUUCCCAUCACACCCAUUGAAAGGAAUUACACAGCUGUUAGUUCCCAGGAUGAAGACAUGGGACAGUUUGAUAUACAAGAUCCUUUAGAAGAGUCCACAACAUCCUUGGUGUCAUCCUCAACAUCAGCAUACUCCUCCUUCCCUGUAGAUGUGGUGGUUUAUGUAAGAGUCCAGCCCUCUCAAAUCAAGUUCAGCUGCUUGCCAGUAUCCAGAGUUGAAUGUAUGCUGAAGCUGCCUUCCCUGGAUCUUGUUUUCUCUUCCAACCGAGGAGAGCUGGAAACUUUAGGCACAACAUACCCAUCAGAAAGCGUGUCCAUUGGUGGCAGUACUCCCCAGAGUGGCUCAAAGAAUUCAGCUGGUAAAUCUGGAGCACCAGGUUCAUCUCCUGGCCUCGGCAGCCCUCUGGGCAGAACAAGGCACAGCAGCAGCCAGUCAGAUCUGACAACUUCCAGCAGCAGCUCUUCAGGCCUGAGCUUUACUGCCUGCAUGUCUGACUUCUCCCUUUACGUGUUCCAUCCCUAUGGAGCUGGAAAACAAAAAUCAGCAGUUACUGUGCUAACCCCUGGGUCGGGAGCCUUGGGGAACGUGGAUGAGGAGCCAACUUCAGUCACUGGCCGGAAGGACUCCUUGAGCAUCAACCUGGAGUUUGUGAAAGUCAGCCUGUCACGGAUCAGGCGUUCAGGAGGCUCCUCCUUCUUUGAGAGUCAGUCUGCAAGCAAAGCUACCAGCAAGAUAGACACCACAUUGAUCAACAUAUCUGCUGUCUGUGACAUAGGAUCUGCUUCUUUCAAAUACGACAUGCGCCGCCUCAGCGAGAUCCUGGCCUUUCCCAGGGCUUGGUACAGGAGAAGCAUUGCCAGAAGGCUUUUCCUGGGUGAUCAGACAAUAAAUCUGCCAGUAGCAUCAGGCCCUGGCACACCAGAUUCAAUUGAAGGAGUGAGCCAGCACCUUUCUCCUGAAUCCUCAAGGAAAGCAUACUGCAGGACAUGGGAGCAGCCCUGCCAGUCUGCUUCCUUCACUCACAUGGCACAGUCACCCAAUGUUUUCAGUGAGCACAGUGCCAGCAGCAGUAUGUCACCUGGGACAGCAUCUCACAGCCUCAAGUCUCCAGCUGUCACAAGAUCCAGGAGUGUGUCUGACUCCUCAGUGCCUCAGAGAGAUACUCUCUCAAAAACAUCAACUCCUUUUAAUAAGUCAAAUAAAGCUGGAAGCCAGCAAGGAACACCGUGGGAAACACUGGUUGUAUUUGCCAUGAACCUAAAACAAUUAAAUGUUCAAAUGAACAUGAGCAAUGUAAUGGGCAAUACUACGUGGACCACCAGUGGUUUGAAAAGUCAGGGCCGUCUGUCUGUGGGAAGUAGCAGAGAUCGGGAAAUCAGCAUGUCUGUGGGCUUGGGAAGAUCCCAGCUGGACUCCAGAGGAGGAGUUGUUGGAGGUACCAUAGAUGUUAACACCCUGGAGAUGGUGGCUCAUAUUUCUGAACACCCAAACCAACAGCCCAAUCAUAAAAUUGAAAUUACUAUGGGUUCCACUGAAGCACGUGUUGACUAUAUGGGAUCCAGUAUCCUAAUGGGCAUCUUCAGUAAUGCUGAUCUUAAACUGCAGGAUGAAUGGAAAAUUAAUCUGUAUAAUAAUCUGGAUUCGAGCAUGACUGAUAAAAGUGAGAUAUUUGUCCAUGGGGACUUGAAAUGGGAUAUCUUCCAAGUGAUGAUUUCAAGGUCAACUACACCAGACCUGAUAAAAAUAGGAAUGAAGCUCCAGGAGUUCUUCACUCAGCAGUUUGAUACAAGCAAGCGAGCUCUGUCCACCUGGGGGCCUGUCCCUUAUCUCCCUCCCAAGACAGUGGCCAACAACUUAGAGAGAACCUCACAUGAGCAAUUGUUGGAUGCAGCCCAUCAUCGUCACUGGCCAGGAGUCCUGAAGGUGGUAUCUGGGUGCCACAUCUCCCUGUUCCAGAUGCCCCUGCCAGAAGAUGGGAUGCAGUUUGGAGGAUCCAUGAGCCUGCAUGGCAACCAUAUGACCCUGGCUUGUUUUCAUGGACCUAAUUUCCGCUCAAAAUCAUGGGCCUUAUUUCACCUGGAAGAACCCAAUAUUGCAUUUUGGACAGAAGCCCAGAAAGUUUUGGAAGAUGGUACCAGUGAACACUCCACGUACAUCGUGCAAACCCUGGACUUUCAUUUGGGCCAUAACACCAUGGUGACCAAGCCCUGUGGGGCCCUGGAAAGCCCCAUGGCCACCAUCACAAAGAUAACACGGCGCCGGCACGAAAAUCCCCCCCACGGGGUCGCCAGUGUGAAGGAGUGGUUCAAUUAUGUGACAGCCACCAGGAAUGAAGAGUUGAACCUGCUUCGGAAUGUUGAUGCCAACAACCCAGAGAGCAGCACGACAGUGAAAAGCUCAAGCUUGUUAAGUGGCUUCAGGGGUGGCUCCAGUUACAACCAUGAAACUGAAACCAUCUUUGCGUUGCCAAGGAUGCAGCUGGAUUUUAAAUCUAUUCAUGUUCAAGAGCCCCAAGAGCCUUCAUUACAAGAUACAAGUGUUAAACCAAAGGUGGAAUGCAGUGUAGUAACUGAAUUCACAGACCACAUCUGUGUGACUAUGGAUGCUGAACUGAUCAUGUUUCUGCAUGACUUAGUGUCUGCUUACCUAAAAGAAAAAGAAAAAGCAAUUUUUCCUCCUCGCAUCUUGGCUGCUCGUCCAGGGCAGAAGAACUCUGUUGGUGUCCUUGAGGACAGCUCCACUGACAAAGAGGCAGAGGAAAGCAUUACCUACACUACAGUUGACUGGAGGGAGUUUAUGUGCAAUACUUGGCAUUUGGAACCCACGCUCAGAUUAAUAUCUUGGACUGGGAGAAAAAUUGAUCCUGUUGGUGUUGACUACAUCCUCCAAAAGCUGGGCUUUCACCAUGCAAGGACUACUAUCCCUAAGUGGCUGCAGCGUGGUGUCAUGGAUCCUUUGGACAAAGUUUUGUCAGUCCUUAUAAAGAAACUUGGUACUGCACUACAGGAUGAAAAGGAGAAGAAAGGAAAAGACAAAGAAGAAUAUUAAAAGUACAGUGUGACAACCCUAACUCCAUUUGAUUUUAUCAAAGUGUUUUAUUAUAUUUUAAGAACUUAAAUAUGGUUUAAAGAGAAACCUAACAGCUUUUUGCUACUCUAUUUAAAACUUACAUUGUGAGUAACUGUUUACUGUGGUACUUGAUACCAUUCUGUAUUUGAAGUUAUUGCAUGAUGAUGAUGACCAAUGUAUAUUCUGUGAAGGAAUAGCUGGAACACUGUAAAUCUGCUCCUCAGCGUCCAUUUUAUGAUGUGCAAUAUGAUCCUGCAUCUUUACAAUACUUGCAGAUUAACUGUGAAUUUUCUUAAGAUUUUACUUGCCAUAACACAAAACCCCUCGUUGAUGUGACCAGUAAUUGAUUUGUCAAUGUAGACUGGUGUAAAUUAUAUAUAUAUAUAUAUAACUUAUGAAACUGUGAUUGCCUUAGUGCUAAAAAUCAUGAAGUUUAUUACACUUGUAAUAAAAUUUAACUACUGUACAGGA